AUGAAUUACAUGAUGAUGACGGCGGCGACAAUCCCGACUUUCUCGGGAGCAGACCCGGCGUACACGGCGGCAAGGUGGGUGGAGGACUUCAGCGACAAUGCAGAAGUGUCCGGCUGGACACCUCCACAAAAACUUCUGAUAGCGCGACGUGUUCUGACUGGUGUGGCAGGUCUGUGGCUCCGCACGGAGGAAAAAUUCAAGAGUUUUGAGGAACUGCAGCGGGCACUGCUGGAGGAAUUUCCUGACAAGGCUGAUACGAAGCACAUUCACGAGCUGAUGACGGACCGUAAAAAGAAGAUGGCAGCAUCAGCUAAGGAGGAGACGAGAGGCGAACAACCGGCUGAUGUGUCGGUAAAACAGGUACCUGAUCAGCGACAGAGCAGCGGAUACAGAUGUCAGUCGAAGAUGUCGGCAAAGCAGACCUCUAUUAUGUUCGAAGUCAGGAUGGACGAGGCGAAUGAUUAUUCGAAGGAAACAGAAGUGACAGCCAUAAAGACAAAGGAGAACGAAAACGAGAAAUGUCAACGUCAACGUCAGGCGAAAGUUGUAAAUAAACAUAUUUUACAGAAUAAAAAGGAGGAACUUUUGGAAACUAUAGAGAUACCAAUUGAGUUGAAUGAAGUUGAUGAAGAUGAUGAGUUAUAUGAGGAAAAGAUUAUUGAAGUUGAAAAGGUGAAUUAUACAGGCGAGGUUGCUAGUGUUGAGAAGAAAGAUGGCUCAACAAGGAGAUUUCGUAACAAUAAGGUGGUUAGCGAAAUCAAUGUCAUAAGACAACUAGAAGAAACGGACAUGCAGUAUCGAGAUGAUUGGAUAAAGAAGAAAAUACCUUACACAGAAUACGAGAAGAGAUUUAUGGUGAUGAGAGCAAUGGAGCAAGAAAUUGCGAGAAGGGCACACGAUAAUGGUACUUUCUCAGGAAGGAUAAUGAAAGAUGCAAUGACUAAAGACUACCAUGCAGUGCUGUUGUUAGCGCUGGCGGUGAGCCAGGCAGCGGAGAUUAAAGCAUCUUCUAGAAGUACACAGAAGACAGAAGAUGAGCCCAAGAACGAGAAGAGAGAAGCAAAAGAAGGAAACUCUGGGCUGUAUAAGAGGACGCCGGCUGUUUCAGUGACCCCUACUCCAGGCAUUGAAUACGCUGACUCUAAAGAAACUCCACAAGACAAAGCUCCGUCACAGGUGUUCGGUGCUCGCCUCCGAGCCACCAGCCCCGCGCCCGCGCACGACUGUGAAGAGGGCGAAGGCUUGGCCGAUAAGCAAAUCUACGCGACUCCCGUGCCGCCCCCGGCGCCAAAGAUCUCUGACGUAGUGACGCAGGGCGUCCCGCUCCCACACGCCAUCGCCACGCAUCUCUUCUCUCCUGUCUCUGUCUACCAGGCCAGGCUUGGAUCACCGACGCAAUACGAAGUAUCAGCACCUGUUGCAUCUCAACUAGCAUACUCUGAGCACAAAGUGUACCAGCCUGCUCCACAGAACUCGAUACAAUUCUUCAACCCAUCGCAGAAGCUUCAGCAGAAUGGUCCAGAAAAACCGAACAAUUUCGCAAGAUUUGUCACUUUCAACCAGCCACCGCAGCAAAUAUUCUUGCAACCGCAGCCGCAACCACAACCUCAACCGAUUCUGUACACCCAGCAGCAGAUCCAAGGUCCUCAGCACCCUCAGCCUCCACCCCAGCAGUUCAUCCAGUACGCGAUCCCUCAAAUACCGUACGCUCCUCAGCCGCAGCAGAUCCUGUUCUCGCAGCCCCCGCAACCUCAGAUUCAGUUCAUCCAGCAGCCUCAGCCUCAAGUGACGUACACUCAAAGCCAGGUUCAGCAACCGGGAGUGUAUCCUCAGAACCCUCAGGCGUCGUAUGCCCAGACUCAGGUUCAGCAGCCUCAAGUGUACCAGCAGCAGCCAGAGCCGCAGGUCCUGCAGUUCUUGCAGCCACAGCCGGAGCAGUUCGCUCGACAACAGAGCGCCCAGCAGCAGGCCCCGUCGGUGCCGCCACAGAGGCAACAGGAACUACAAGCUAACGCCUUGUUUGUGAGAAUACAACAGGAGACUGCCAACGUGGAGGCCCAACGACCACAGCCAGCCCAGAGGGAAUUGAAGAAUCUGCAAACACCGCAAACCAAAACUUUGGAGAAGGCUAACUUCGGUCAACAGAACUUCAACGAAAAGGGUCAAGGUGGAGCAGUGAGCUACGCAAGCUUCUCUCAAAGCCAGCCGUCACAGAACUACGUCCAUCCGUCCAUUCAGUACAACACGAAGCUUGAGCCGGUCCAGAACGCGCCUCAACAGAACAAUCAGCAACAGAUCCAAAUCCAGCACUACGAGCAACAGCAAAGAAAUCAACAACAAAACUACCAGCAGCAAGCCAACCAGCAACAACAUUACCAACAGCACCAGGCGAAUCAACAGCAAGCGUACCAGCAGCAGAACUAUCAGCAAGCGAACCAGCAGCAAAUCAACCAUCAGCAGAACUACCAACAACAACAGCAACAGAGGAGUCAGCAGUACCAGCAGCAAGAAAUCCAGGUGCAGCAGCAGCAGAUGGUAUAUCUGAAGCCACAGCAGCAGCUGUUGGCGGCGCCUGGCGUGCAGUACCAGCCAGCCCCGCAGCCAGGACUCCAGUACCAGCCAGCAGGUCCCCCGCAGCCGCUGUACCCGGCGCCGGUGCUCCUCCAGGGCGGGUUCCUCCCCCCCGCCCCGCAGCCCCUCGCCGCGGCCCCCACGUACGCCCCCGUGCAAUACUUCGGCAAGUUCGCUCAAAACAUCUUCGGAGGCUACCAACCGCAACGAUAGGUUAAUUCUUAGGUUAUGUUUUGUAUUGUUAUGUAGUGUGAUUUUUUUAAAUUUGGUGCUAAAGCAUAAUGUUAAAAUAAUGUUGCUAAGGGUGUUUAUUGUAAAGUUAAGAAAUAAAUUAGCUAUGAUAAUGUAAGAAUGUAAAAAGGUGCCGUAAGUAUUUAAUUAAACUGUGAUGCCAUAUUAUUCAAUAUACUUAAUUAGUAUUUGUAAACUAAAUAUAUUACAUUUUUUUAAAA